AUGGGAAAGGGGGGAGAAGUAGAGGAUGAGAACUGGGUUGUAAAAGGUAUGUGGCUUGGAUUCGGCCUAGGUAUAUUACUAGGUGUUACCUUGAUGCAAGUGACAAGGGAAGAAUCUUUCUUGUCAGGUUUGGACAAGAGAUCAAGAGAAAUUCCCGACAGGGUAUUGGUUAUCUAUGCCUACUCAGAAAUUGCAGAUAAGAAACAAGAUAUAAGGAAAAACAAUUUGCAAUUUUUCAUUGAUUUUGCAAUAAACGGUAAACACCAAAGUAGCGAUGUUGACUACGUCAUUGUAAUAAAUGGAUACACGUGUACUGUUGAUAUUCCUGAAUACGAAAACACAUACGUGAUCGUUCGGGAAAACACUGGCUUUGACGCAUGCGCAUGGAAGGAAGCCCUGCUUCAGAUGAAAAAGUUGAAAGGAGAAUAUUGGUAUAAAUUCUUCGUGCUAUUAAAUGCAUCUGUUAGAGGACCUUUUAUACCUCCUUACGCUAAUGACAAACAUUGGAUCACCUACUUUACGAAAUACCUAAAUAAUGAAACAAGAUUAGUCGGUACGAGCAUUUGCUGUUCAAAGAUAUAUCCCGUACAUAUCCAAUCCAUGUUUCUCGUCACAAGCAUUUCGGGAUUACAAAUCCUGGAAGAAGAUGUACUCAGAUGCUACGAGGACAAACAAUCAGUUAUCGACAAUAUAGAAAUUAAAAUGUCACAGGUUUUACUGAAAAGGGGCUUUAAUAUUGCGUCACUUCUGAAACAAUGGGAAGACCACGAUUUUCGAGACAAGAAGAAUACUGAAGAAAUAUGUCAUAAGUACAACAAGAAAAUGAAUGGAGACCCAUAUUAUCCAAAUGUAUAUUACAAUGGGAUUGAUAUAUCUCCAUUUGAAGUCAUAUUUUUCAAAAAUAAUAGAGCUGUAAAUCAGAAAACGCACGAUGCAUACACACAAAUGAUGUUGGAAUGGAAACAAAAAUAUUCAAGCAAAAAAUCAACAGGUUAUAUAGCAAAAGAUUCGAGAAAUUACAUCCACUUGUGA